AUGAUUCGUUUAACUUUUUUUAGUGAAACUGGAGCUGGCAAACAUGUACCCAGAGCUGUCUUUGUGGACCUUGAACCCACUGUGGUUGAUGAAGUACGUACAGGCACUUACAGACAAUUAUUUCAUCCUGAGCAACUCAUUACUGGGAAAGAAGAUGCUGCUAACAAUUAUGCCAGAGGCCAUUAUACCAUUGGAAAAGAGAUUGUUGAUCUAGUGCUAGAUCGCAUACGCAAGUUGGCUGAUCUGUGCACAGGUCUUCAGGGCUUCCUCAUUUUUCAUAGCUUUGGAGGAGGUACUGGUUCAGGGUUUGCUUCUUUGCUCAUGGAAAGACUCUCAGUUGACUAUGGCAAAAAGUCCAAAUUGGAGUUUGCAAUUUACCCAGCUCCACAAGUAUCUACUGCUGUGGUAGAACCUUACAAUUCCAUCUUGACUACACAUACAACAUUGGAGCAUUCUGACUGUGCCUUCAUGGUAGAUAAUGAAGCUAUAUAUGAUAUCUGUCGACGCAAUCUUGAUAUUGAGCGACCAACUUAUACUAACUUAAAUCGUCUUAUCGGUCAGAUAGUUUCAUCUAUCACAGCAUCACUCCGUUUUGAUGGUGCUCUGAAUGUAGAUCUGACAGAAUUUCAGACAAAUCUUGUCCCUUACCCACGAAUCCAUUUUCCCUUGGCAACAUAUGCACCUGUAAUCUCAGCUGAAAAGGCAUACCAUGAGCAGUUGUCUGUUGCUGAAAUCACUAAUGCCUGUUUUGAACCAGCCAAUCAGAUGGUAAAAUGUGAUCCUCGCCAUGGCAAGUAUAUGGCUUGUUGUAUGUUAUAUAGAGGUGAUGUUGUCCCAAAAGAUGUCAAUGCAGCCAUCGCAACCAUCAAGACAAAGCGUACCAUUCAGUUUGUGGAUUGGUGUCCUACUGGAUUCAAGGUAGGUAUAAAUUACCAACCACCCACUGUAGUACCAGGUGGGGACCUGGCCAAGGUGCAACGUGCUGUUUGUAUGCUGAGUAACACAACUGCCAUUGCUGAAGCUUGGGCUCGCCUUGACCAUAAAUUCGAUCUGAUGUAUGCUAAGCGAGCCUUUGUGCACUGGUAUGUUGGAGAAGGUAUGGAGGAAGGAGAAUUUUCUGAAGCUCGGGAGGAUCUGGCUGCUCUUGAGAAAGAUUAUGAAGAAGUGGGUGUUGAUUCUGUAGAAGCUGAGGCUGAAGAAGGAGAAGAAUAUUAAAAAAUAGUAAUGUCAGAUAAACAUUUUAAUAUCAUACUUCAGUUCACUUGUUGUGUUUCAAAUAAAGUUCUAGCAGUAGUUUAAUAACUGUUUACAAUGAUUUAUAAAUUUUAUAAUAAUUAAUAUUAUCUUGAGAAAAAGUGAGGAAUAACGUUUAUAAAAAAUGCUUAUAUGCCUUUGUCGAGUUUAUGAAAGAAAAAGGACAUGUUUGACCAGCUCCUUCCCCCUUUCCUCUUUCCCUUUCUUUCCUGUGUCUUAGAAAAUCCAUUAGCACAUUUAUACUGAAAGUAAUCACCUUCAAAAUAUAACUGCUUACUCUUAGCAUAUAUAUCUUCAUGGUGUAAAUGAUACUGGAAUAUCAUUGUUCUAUUAUGCACAUGGAGCUUUGGUGCAUGGAGGCUGUCAUGUUACAGUUUCAAUUUAAAAUGCAUGUUAACUAAUAUAUGAAAGAAUGAAAAUCUGUAUCCUGAA